UCGACUCUUGAAAAGACGUCAUGUUGUCUGCUCAUGGAAUUGGCGUCUUGGCUCUUUUUCACAGUGUAAUAACGGUGAUUGCACUGAUAGACUCUGAUGAUGUCAUCACACGAGAUGAGCAGAUCUACGUCCUGAUUGGUGCUCACGCCAAGUGUGAAAGGAGCAUCCAGGCACAAAUGGCCCUCGUUAAAGAUGGUGACUGUAUCCCAGAGUGGGAUGGGAUCAUCUGCUGGCCACGGAGCAGACCGGGUCAACUGGUCCCAGUUCUGUGUCCUGAGUACAUCUAUGAUUUCAACCACAGAGGCCGAGCCUACCGCCAAUGUGAUGCGUCAGGAAACUGGGAGCAGGUGCCCAUUAUCAACCGCACCUGGGCUAACUAUACUGAGUGUACCACCUACUUGACCUCCAACCACAGGAGCCAAGAGGAGAAGGUGUUUGAAAGACUGCAUCUCAUGUACACAGUUGGCUACUCCAUUUCUCUGGCAUCACUGCUUGUGGCAAUCUCCAUCCUCUGCUAUUUCAAGCGUCUUCACUGUACACGCAACUACAUCCACAUCCACCUCUUCACCUCCUUCAUCUGUCGGGCAGUCAGCAUUUUUGUGAAGGAUGCUGUGCUCUACUCUGUUUCUGGUGACAGUAAGGCAGAAUCUGAGCUCCCUGGACCAAGGCAGCAUAUGGCUGGCUGUAAAGUUGCUGUCACACUCUUCCUGUAUUUCCUGGCAACCAAUCAUUACUGGAUCCUGGUAGAGGGGUUGUACCUGCACAGCCUCAUCUUUAUGGCCUUCCUCUCUGACAAAAACUACCUAUGGGCCCUCACCAUCAUCGGGUGGGGAGUUCCAGCUGUGUUUGUGUCCAUCUGGGUCAGUGCACGAGCAUCACUGGCAGACACACAAUGUUGGGACAUCAGUGCAGGAAACCUGAAAUGGAUCUAUCAAGUUCCUAUUCUAGCAGCCAUUGUUGUGAAUUUCCUCCUCUUUGUUAACAUAAUACGAGUGCUGGCUUCCAAACUGUGGGAAACAAACACUGGUAAACUGGAUCCUCGGCAGCAGUACCGGAAGCUGCUCAAGUCUACAUUAGUCCUCAUGCCCUUAUUUGGAGUUCACUACAUGGUGUUCAUGGCUCUUCCUUACACUGAGGUCACUGGGUUGCUGUGGCAGGUGCAAAUGCAUUACGAGAUGUUCUUCAACUCAUCCCAGGGCUUUUUUGUGGCAUUCAUCUACUGCUUCUACAAUGGAGAGGUACAGGCAGAGGUUAAGAAGGCAUGGUUAAGACGGAGUCUAACGCUGGACCUCAAACAGAAAGCCAGGAUGACCAGCAGUGGUGGCGGAGGCAGCUGUUACUAUGGAGGCAUGAUGUCACACACCACCACCCACAGUGUCAGCUUGUCCGCUACCAAUCCUCGGGCUCUUUCUCUCACUGGAGGAGUCAUGGGCUCAGGUGGUGCUGCUGGUGGAGGGUCGGGUGUCAGGCCACCACGUCACUCUUCUCUCCACCCACAAAGCAGUCUGCCCGGAUACGUUCCCAAUGACACUGAGGCAUCCGGACCCCAACAGGAGCUGGCAGUGCGGAGGGCAGGGGGGACGGAGUCUGGAGUUUUUGCCAGGCAUGCUAGAGCCAGUAAGGGAAGUCAUGACUCCAAAAGUUGUGGAUCUCCAGCCCAAACCCAAAGAACAGAAGAUCCAGACAGUUCCUUGUCCCUGAAAGAACUGGAGACCAUCUUGUGAAUGUUUUUGAUAAAUAUUUGACUCAUGCAGACCAAUACAGAGAACAGGGAUGAAUUAUUUUGUCUUCAACUGACUGGAGAGAUCCAAGAGUGUAGAAACCUCAAAGUUGAUUUGCAUUUGCAAACACAGACAAUGUACUAAAGAAGACAUUUCAAGGAUUUACUUGUGUUGAAAUUGCUUUGUUAACUUCCUCCAAGUUCAAGAAUGAACUUUCAAUCUCAACUUUUAAGCCAACGUAGAGGAGAAAUCUUUUCAGUGCUCAGAAAAAUGGAAAUCUGUUUUCAAUG